AUGAAUUCUAAAAUAAAAAAUAAUCAAGCUCUCUAAACGUCAGUAACAUGGAAAUACUCCAAAAAAUGGGAUAAAGAGAAAUAUCAAAUCGUGAAAGAGAAAAUUCAAAUUACAAUAAAAAAUAAUAAUAAAAUUAUUUAUUCUUCAUCUAAUGGAGAAAUUUUAAGAAUGUAAACUUACUUUCUAACUUUAAUAGAGAAAAGGAGAAGCAAAAUUUGAGCUAUCCUUUUAUAUUAAUUAAUAAGGACUAGAUCAAAAAACUAUAAUGGAUUGGAGUAUAGAGAUAAUACAAUAGAGAAUCUGUUUAGUGGAGUGCUACUUGGUGUGGAGAAGUUUUAAGUGGAGUUGGUGGAUACAUUAAUUAAGGCUUAAAGUAAGGAGUAUGGAAGGAGUUAAUUUAGCAUUAUUCAUGGUAAAUUAUGCAUUCAUUUUAUUAUUAUAGUCAAGCUAAAGUAUAUGAAAUUGGAGAAUACUUUAAUGAUAAAAAAAAGGGAAUAUGGGAAUUUAUAUAUAACAAUAAAAAGAUGUACUGAUUUUUAUUACAUUGUUUAGUGGUAGCGGAUUAUACAAUGAAAAAAGUCAGAAGCAUGGUAAAUGGAAAGAGUUGAGCGAGGAAUUUUGGGAUUAUUCUUAAGUUAUUUUUUAAGGUGAAUACUUAAAUGGCAGAAAGAUUGGUAGAUGGGAUAUUUUGUAAGAAGAGUUUGAAUUAAUGUAAAAUAUAGAAAAUAGCCUAUAAUAUCAGUGGUGGAGGAUCAUAUGAUGAAAUGGGUAAUUGCAAUAAAAUUGGUCUUUGGAUUGAGUUGAGCGAUGGAUUUUGGAAUAAAUCAUAAGUUCUUUAUCGCGGUCAGUAUAAGAAUGGCAAAAGAGUUGGAAGAUGGGAUAUUGUGUAUAGAUAUGAUGAUAAAGAAAAUCUUUAUUUUAAUAAAUUGAUGUAAAAUUAUAGGUUUAGUUUAUUCUUAGUGGUGGUGGAUUUUAUGCUGAAAGUAGUGGUUUGAAAGUAGGAUAAUGGAUUGAGUUGAGUGAUGGAUUUUGGUUUGAUUAAUAAGUCACCCUUAAAGGGGAAUAUCAAAAUGGGAAAAAAGUUGGUAGAUGGAAUAUUAAUUAUAAUAAUCGAAGUUCAAAUAAAAAUAACUAGAUGUAAUAAAUCAAAUUGCAAUAAUAUUAUAGUGGCGGAGGCUUUUAUGAUGAAAAAGGGGAUGGUAGUAAAAUUGGAAAAUGGAUUGAAUUGGAUAAUGAGUUUUGGUUAGGAGCUGAAAUAACUUAUUAAGGUGAAUAUAAAAAUGGAAUAAAAAUUGGUUUAUGGGAUAUUUUAUAUAAGAAUAGAUAGAUGUAAAUUGAAUAAAUCGAAAUUUUUAGUGGUGGUGGAUUUUAUGAUUCAGGUUGUUAGGAAAUUAAGGUAGGGAAAUGGAUAGAAUUGUAUGACGGAUUCUGCGAUGAUUUACAAGUCAUUUAUAAUGGUGUUUAUUAAAUCGGAAAAAAAAUUGGUAGAUGGGAUAUUUUGUAUAGAAAAUUAAAUAAAUUUGAAAUAAUGUAUAAUAUUAAAUGAAUCAUAUUUAUAGUGCUGGUGGAUCAUAUCAUUAAUAAGGCAAUGAAGUAAAGGUCGGAAAAUGGACUGAGCUUGGAAGUGGUUUUAAAACGCAUUCUUAAAUUACUUCUAUUGGUUAAUAUAAAAACAGCAAAAAGGUUGGCAGAUGGGAUAUUUAUUGGAAUUGGUUUGGAAACAAUCUGAUGUAUAUUAAAGUAGAGUAAAUGUUUAGUGGUGGCGGAUCAUACGAUGAACUGGGAUCAGGGAUGAAAAUUGGUAGAUGGAUUGAUAUAGGUGACUAAUAUAGGGAUUACUCAUAAAUAACUUAUAGUGGAGACUACAAAAAUGGUUCAAAAAUUGGAAAAUGGGAUAUUUUUUUGUAGAGAAUUAAAUAAGAAUUAAUGUAAACAUAAAUAGAAUAAGAUUUUUAGUGGAGGUGGAUAAUAUUCUUCUGGAGAAGAUGGUAUAAAAAAUGGAAGGUGGACUGAAGUACAUUUUGAAUUUAAUUUGGAUUUGUAACUCACUUAUAGUGGGGAAUACAAAAAUAGUAAAAAAAUUGGUAGAUGGGAUACGUAUUAUCGAGAUAGGAGUUAGGGGAAAUUUGAAAAAAUGUAAAUAUUUGAAAUUAUAAAAUAUUUAGAGGUGGUGGGCAGUAUUCAGAAAUAGGGGAUGGAUUUAAGAUUGGGAAAUGGAUUGAGUUGAGUGAUGAAUUUUAAUCAUUUAAGUAAAUCUCUUAUGUUGGUGAAUAUAAUAAUAAUAAAAAAGUGGGUAGAUGGGAUGUUUGGUAUUAGGAUUAUGAAACAAAAAUAAAUGAAUAGAUGUAUAAGAUUUAAAUAAAACAAGUGGGGGCGGAUUCUAUGAUGAAAAAGGUAAUGGGGUCAAAAUUGGGAAUUGGAUUGAGUUAUGUGAAGGAUUUAAGAAAUGUAAAAAGUUUUCUAAAGAAAUCACCUAUAAUGGUGAAUAUAAAAAUGAUAGAAAAUUUGGCAAAUGGAAUAUUAUGUAUAGAGAGUGGGAUAAAGCAAAUUUUAAUUUGAUGUAACUUUAUAAUAAGUACUCAAAUUUAGUGGAUAUGGGUAUUAUGAUGAAAAAGGUGAUGGAAUGAAGGUUGGUUAGUGGACGGAGUUUAGUUAUUGGUUUUAUAUUGAUAAAUCAAUCACUUACAUUGGAGAAUACAACUAUGGUAAAAAGGUAGGUAUAUGGUUUGAGUUGGACAUAAAAAAGAAUGAGAAACUUAAGGUGAUGAGAUAUGAUGAAGAAUGAG